UUAAAAAAAAACAAAAAACUCCAUCUGGGAUAGCAAUAACCUGUGAAAAUGCUCCCCCGGCUAAUUUGUAUCAAUGAUUAUGAACAACAUGCUAAAUCGGUACUUCCAAAGUCUAUAUAUGACUAUUACAGGUCUGGGGCAAAUGAUGAAGAAACUUUGGCUGAUAAUAUUGCAGCAUUUUCCAGAUGGAAGCUGUAUCCAAGGAUGCUCCGGAAUGUUGCUGAAACAGAUCUGUCGACUUCUGUUUUAGGACAGAGGGUCAGCAUGCCAAUAUGUGUGGGGGCUACAGCCAUGCAGCGCAUGGCUCAUGUGGAUGGCGAGCUUGCCACUGUGCGAGCCUGUCAGUCCCUGGGAACGGGCAUGAUGUUGAGUUCCUGGGCCACCUCCUCAAUUGAAGAAGUGGCGGAAGCUGGUCCUGAGGCACUUCGUUGGCUGCAACUGUAUAUCUACAAGGACCGAGAAGUCACCAAGAAGCUAGUGCGGCAGGCAGAGAAGACGGGCUACAAGGCCAUAUUUGUGACAGUGGACACACCUUACCUGGGCAACCGUCUGGAUGAUGUGCGUAACAGAUUCAAACUGCCACCACAACUCAGGAUGAAAAAUUUUGAAACCAGUACUUUAUCAUUUUCUCCUGAGGAAAAUUUCGGAGAUGACAGUGGACUUGCUGCAUAUGUGGCUAAAGCAAUAGACCCAUCUAUCAGCUGGGAAGAUAUCAAAUGGCUGAGAAGACUGACAUCAUUGCCAAUUGUUGCAAAGGGCAUUUUGAGAGGUGAUGAUGCCAGGGAGGCUGUUAAACAUGGCUUGAAUGGGAUCUUGGUGUCGAAUCAUGGGGCUCGACAACUCGAUGGGGUGCCAGCCACUAUUGAUGUUCUGCCAGAAAUUGUGGAGGCUGUGGAAGGGAAGGUGGAAGUCUUCCUGGAUGGGGGUGUGCGGAAAGGCACUGAUGUUCUGAAAGCUCUGGCUCUUGGCGCCAAGGCUGUGUUUGUGGGGAGACCAAUCGUUUGGGGCUUAGCUUUCCAGGGGGAGAAAGGUGUUCAAGAUGUCCUUGAGAUACUAAAGGAAGAAUUCCGGUUGGCCAUGGCUCUGAGUGGGUGCCAGAAUGUGAAAGUCAUCGACAAGACAUUGGUGAGGAAAAAUCCUUUGGCCGUUUCCAAGAUCUGACAGUGCACAAUAUUUUCCCAUCUGUAUUAUUUUUUUUCAGCAUGUAUUACUUGACAAAGAGACACUGUGCAGAGGGUGACCACAGUCUGUAAUUCCCCACUUCAAUACAAAGGGUGUCGUUCUUUUCCAACAAAAUAGCAAUCCCUUUUAGUUCAUUGCUUUUGACUUUUCAAUGGGUGUCCUAGGAACCUUUUAGAAAGAAAUGGACUUUCAUCCUGGAAAUAUAUUAACUGUUAAAAAGAAAACAUUGAAAAUGUGUUUAGACAACGUCAUCCCCUGGCAGGCUAAAGUGCUGUAUCCUUUAGUAAAAUUGGAGGUAGCAAACACUAAGGUGAAAAGAUAAUGAUCUCAUUGUUUAUUAACCUGUGUUCUGUUCACAUGUCUUUAAAACAUUGGUUCUUAAAUUGUAAACUCAAGUUCAAAGUGUUGGAAAUGGCUAAUUCACAACUUUGAGAAGGUAGCACUGGAUAGAAUUGGAAUGCGGGCGGUAAUUGGUGAUACUUCUUUGAAUGUAGAUUUCCAAUCACAUCUUUAGUGUCUGAAUAUAUCCAAAUGUUUUAGGAUGUAUGUUACUUCUUAAUCAGAGAGAAAUAAAGCAUUUUUGGGAAGAAUA